CUGCCAAGAAAACGAAUCUGGCUAUUCACAGAGUGAUUUGUUAUUGUUUGCAUAACCUCCGAAACGCAACGCACUACCUUAAGUUUUCUUAACUUGAUCGUUAUUUAAUCAAGCUUCUCCUUGAUCGUUCAUUUCAUAACGUCAAGAGAUAUGUCAGGCACGAAAAAAAUGAUUGGUAGACGAGUGCCCACGGAUCCUUUUUUCUCAGAGGGAGACUCAGUUUGCAAUGUAUACAAACGUUUAGGGGUUUUUGAUAUUGACGAUGAAGAAUUAUGUCACAAGGAGAUAAAUAAUCUCAUCUGCGAAAUCCCAGGAUGUACUACUCAACUUAAAUCUGUCAUGGAAUUAGAGCUGCACUACAAUUCUAUUCAUCGUUACACUUGUGCAACUUGUCGUAAAUCUUUCGCAUCAGCACACUUACUGGAUUUACAUAUAGAGGAAACACAUGAUUCCUUUUUUGCAGUUCAAGCUGAAAGAAAACCUAUGUAUCGCUGCCUUGUGGAAACCUGCACAGCUAGAUUCACUACAAGCCAGGAGCGACACUGUCACUGUGUUGACAGCCAUGCAUAUCCACCCAGAUUUCGGUGGGUAACGCCCAAGGUAUCCAAACCAAACUCAAGUAAGAAGAAAUUUCAAAGGCAACAGAAGAAGGAAAAGCAUGACAUGGAUGUGAAUGCCACUGAACACAGUAAUACAGGAAUGGAUGUUGAUGAAGACCAGGAUCCAAAACAUUCACAGCCUGAGAGGAAACCUUUCCGCGGAUUUGUAUUUGGACGAGGAAAUAUGAAAAAGUCUUUCAACCCCAAAAGUUCAGAUUGGCAUCGGAGGGACAAAGCAACAAGCACUGACAGUGCCUCUGCUAGUGCCCUUGAAGGAUCGCAACUGAGCACAGACCUAAUGAACAGUCUGCCGAGUUCUGAAAUGUCUUCAUGAUCACUAAUAAUGCUAUCUCAUCGGAGUAAAAUUUUCAAUUUUCUAUAAAUGUACAAAUUUUUAAUUAAAUUUUAUAUUUCUUGUUAAAGGUCAACUCGAUGAUGUGAUACUAAAAUAAAAUACCUAGACAAAGAAAA